AGCAGUCUGUGGCGCGCAGUAAGCGCGAAUCGACGUUUCCCGCCGAAACGACCGAGAUUUGAACUUCGAACGCUAUUCAAUUUUUGAACUUUUUUUCACGCGUGAAUAUCGGCUUGUGAAUCUUUUAUAAAGUGUAUCGAUUAAAAAAUAUACUUAAAUAGUGUUGUGAAUAAUGUGAUAAUCGUUGUGAUCGACUAAAUAGACUGUUAAAGUAUACUUUGUUUAUUUAAUGAUUUAUUUAUAAAAUGGGAGUUUCCAGAGGAAGGAAUAUUUUCAAUACACUUUUGAAAAUGAAUAUCACAACAUGGCUGUCAUUAAUCAUAGCGGUGAUGGCCUUAUCCAGUUCAGCGCGAGCGAGCGAGCCACGCGUGGUAUGCUAUUACACCAACUGGUCGGUGUACCGGCCGGGUACCGCACGAUUCAACCCACAAAAUAUCAACCCCUAUCUGUGCACCCAUCUGAUCUACGCCUUCGGAGGUUUUACCAAAGACAACACGCUCAAACCUUUCGACAAAUACCAAGACAUCGAAAAAGGUGGAUAUGCUAAGUUCACCGGUCUUAAGACUUACAACAAGAACUUAAAGACCAUGCUGGCGAUCGGAGGAUGGAAUGAAGGUUCUACCAGGUUCUCACCGAUGGUGGCAGCAAAGGACAGAAGAAAAGAAUUUGUCAGGAAUGCGAUCAAGUUCCUCAGGCAAAAUCAUUUUGACGGAUUGGACUUGGACUGGGAGUAUCCAGCGUUCCGAGACGGCGGGAAACCUAAAGACCGCGAGAACUACUCUAAACUGGUGAAGGAGCUGCGCGAAGAGUUCGAGAGGGAAUCUGAGAAGACCGGGAAACCACGUCUGCUUCUGACCAUGGCCGUUCCAGCAGGCAUCGAGUAUAUACAGAAAGGUUUUGACGUGCGGACACUUAAUCAGUAUUUGGACUGGAUGAACCUUUUGACGUAUGACUACCACUCCGCGUUCGAGCCUGCAGUGAACCAUCAUGCGCCUUUAUAUCCUCUAGAAGAACCCAACGAAUACAGCGUAGACACCGAGCUUAAUAUCGAUUACACCAUCAAGUUUUAUUUAGAGAAUGGUGCGGAACGAGACAAGUUAGUACUGGGCAUCCCCACUUACGGCAGGUCGUACACGCUGUUCAAUCCUGACGCAGUCGAGAUAGGCUCCCCCGCAGAUGGCCCAGGAGAGCAAGGAGACGCCACCAGGGAGAAGGGAUAUCUCGCUUACUAUGAGAUUUGUGAAGCUCUAAAACCCAAGACAAAAAAGCGGAACGUGGACGACGACGAUUCUGAUGAAGACUCCGAUGAAGAGGAAGAGGAAGAGGAAUGGACGGUGAUGUACCCGAAUCCCAAGGCCAUGGGUCCUGUGGCGUUCAGGGGCAACCAAUGGGUCGGUUACGAUGACGUCGACAUCGUCAAAAGGAAGGCGGAAUACGUCGCGGAGAACGGGCUCGGAGGUAUCAUGUUCUGGUCGAUCGACAAUGACGAUUUCCGCGGAAACUGUCAUGACAAACCCUACCCUCUCAUCGAGGCCGCCAAGGAGGCGUACAUCGCUAGACUGGGUGCUACGGACAACGCUAUUGAGAAAGUGGCGCCAUCUACUCGCAACUCCGCCAGGAGACGAAAUCGACCCAGGGCUUCCACCACAACCACCACCACGACUACCACUGCGAAACCUGCCAUCAUAUCCAGGAAGAGCAACAAACAAAAGAGUUCAGCGAUAACAAGCACAACCCCUGCGUGGAACAUCAUUACCCCAGAACCGCCCACUACUCCCGACCCUGGAGCAGACUUCAAGUGUACCGAUGAAGGUUUCUUCCCACAUCCCCGCGACUGCAAGAAGUACUUCUGGUGUUUAGAUUCUGGACCCUCGAACCUUGGUAUUGUGGCGCAUCAGUUCACAUGCCCUUCAGGUCUUUUCUUCAACAAGGCAGCAGACUCUUGCGACUUCGCUCGUAACGUGCUCUGUAAGAAACCCAGCGCCACCACCAAAGCGACCACAGCUAAGCCCGCCACCACGACCACCACCACCACCACCACUGCUGCGCCGCGCACCACCAGGAAGCCCAUCAAGAUCAGCACUAGGAACUCGCUGCUGUUCAGGACUACCACGACAACAACUACUACCACCACUACUCCAGAACCAGAGAGUGAAGAAGAAUACGAGGAUGAAGCUCCGGAAGAUGCUACCGAUAUCGAAGCAGAAGACCCCAAGGUUAUCAAAGAGCUGAUAGAUCUCAUCAAGAAAGUAGGUGGCGUGGAGCAGCUAGAGAAGCACUUGCGACUAAAUGAUAAUGCUGCAAGCACAGACGGAGUCAUCACUACAACACCGUCAUCGUUCAACAAGAAACUCUACCAGAAAGUGCUCGAGAGAACACGGGGAAAGAGCAAAUUCAGUAAUGGUAUUACUGAUGGUACACCCCAAAAUAGUCGCAGAGGGCCACAAAAUGCGGGACUGGACGCUACUGCCGAUAAAGAUAUUUUCGUAAAACGGGAUAGGCCCCAAUAUACAACGAUCAACCGAUCUCGACCAUCCUCUUCGACGACUGAAGAACCUCUUCUCGACGAAGACGACGAAGAAGAGAUCGAAGAACCGUCGCAGUUCCUGUCAAGGGCUCGCGCCGUGGAUCCCGAGCCGUCUGUAGCUACCACCGCUAGACCGCUGCAGUAUGUUAAUAUCAGGAGAGCAAGGCCCACCACUAUAUCUACGUCUGACACUGCUGAUGAUACCGCAUCUAGAAAUGCGUUAUUCGAGCGCGUAGAACCUUACGUCACCAUCGGCGAGUCUCCUAAUUCGUUAGACAUCCUCAGUGCGAGAAGAGAAAACAUGCCCGAAUACGUAACUAUCAGGCGACAACGUCCUACGACUGAAGAGACCACUACGGCACAGUAUGAACCCUCGGAGCUAGGCGUCGAAUCCCAAGAUACCGCUCUCGAAAGAGAAAUAUCUUCACAACCACAAUAUACUUCUAUAGUGAGGGCGCGCUCGACGACGCUACCCCCUGUCGAAGAACCGAAUAGUCCCGAACCGACCACUGUACUGGCUGUUCAAAUAUCAUCUUUAUUGAACUCGCCUAAUGACGCAGAAAUAGAAACACCCGAGCCCGAAGUAUCGAUAGCGUUAGAGACUGAAGCUCCAACUACUACUCCUACAACUAGCACUACUAGUACAACUUCAAGAAGCACAACGACUGCAGCACCCACUAGUGUGUCCACACGGCGCGCUAUUCUGCGACGACGAGGGUCCACUACAACCACCACAACGACGGUGUCACCUACUACUACUCAGGUAAGUUCUAGGAAUUAUACAUUUAUAAGACGCCGCCGCCCACUCUCUAGCCAAAACGAAAUAUCUUCUGAUUCUGUGGAAACAGAUGAUAAUCUGAGAAAAAUAAGAUCUACGACUCCAGACAGCAGGGAAGUAGACGGGAACAGAAAUUUCGACAACGUUCUGUCUUCUCGCAAACGAAUUAGAAUAUCGACGUUCAACGAUGACUCUAUACCCGCAGCGGCAUCACCUGUAGCUAGAGGCCGCUUUCGACCAACUUUAACACGUGAUGAAGUACUCAGUUUGACACCAGUAGAUUCAGAAUCACCGCAGUUCGUUCCUCGACAAAAUUUUCCACAAAGAACUGAGAGACGAUUCCGUGGGAGAACUUCUACGGCAAAAACGGAUGAAGUAGAAGAUAGUGAAGUUUCUGCUGCCACUGUUGAAGUUAGAAGACCUAAUAUUUUACCGCGUGGUCGUAGUCGAUUCACUCUCAGCACGACAGAAGUGCCUAAAAAGACGACCGAUGCUGAAUCGAAAUCGUUGCAAAGAUCUACUUUGCGUUCAUUUUCUAGAUUUACGCCGAGACCGUUUACCAGACAAGGAACUUUAUCGACUACAGCUGACGACAACCUUAAUGAUGAAGAAUUUACACCGACGGUUCCUCAGCGUCCACCUUUUGUGAGAGCAAAAGCUCCUAGCAUUUUACAAGGUCGUAAACUGCCUUUCUUGCCUCGCGUAUCUACUACAGAACAAAUUUUGACUAUCGAUGAUGAGGAAUUAGAAAAUAAACAGGACGACAUUUCCCUUUCUGAGAGUGCGAUAGAAGAAAAGGAACAUGAUGAAGAUAACACUGAACAAGAAAAUAAAAAUGAAAAAGAAGAAGAAAAUGGAAAUAAAGAAAUAGAAGAUCAUGAAAAUAACGAAAAAAAUUCAAAAGAAGAAAAUGAGGAAGAAAGUGCAAAAGAAAUUGAAGAAGAAAAUGUUUCUGAAAUUCCAAAGCGUCGAAUUGUUAUCAAAAAGUUAAGACCGCCUUCCAGUACUACGGAAAGCAGUGUUACGGUUAUUACGACUGAAACUUUGCCAACUGAUGAGACAGGAAAAAGAAAGUUUAGAGUUAUAAGACGAAGGCCUACAUCUACGACUGAAGCAGAUUUAAGUUUAAGUUCCACUGAAGCGUCUUCAUCUCCAAAAAUUCGUAGAAUAAUCCGAAAAAAAAUUAAGCCCGUAGAAGAAGAACCAAACAUUAUUGCAAAAUCUAUAAGUUCACUUAAUGUUGAUUCAAAAAAUAGUAUUACCACAGAAACAGUUAUAAAUUAUGGAGAAAAGACGAGAAAGACAACAUACGCGUCGACUAGCCAAGCGCCUACAUCCGUAGCAAGUGAAGAACCAGAAAUAAUAAAAACAGUAGAUGUGACUGAAAUUCCUAUUACUGAACAAAUUGUUGAAGGUAAUUUAGGAGGCGUGAAUUCAGAUUUAAACACUCCUGAUAAAGUUAAAAAUGAACAGCCGUCACAAUAUGACAACAACAAUGAAAGUGAUGAUGAUAUUAUUAAAUCUGAUACUGUGUUUAAUAACGACGAAUCAGAUGAAGAAACAUCUUCUCAGGUUGUUGUUGAAAACGAUCAAAAAUCUUUCGUUGUAUCGGACACCAAAGAAGAAGACACUUAUGUGCCUAUAACUGAAACGGAGGAAUCAAAUGCAGAAACUACUACGACAAGUACUACACAACUUACAUCCUCUACUUCACGUUCUAGAUUACCAUACCGGCCUCCUAAACGUUCAUUUACUUCCACAACAGAAUCUUCAGCUCCUUCAAGUAGUAGAGUUUUUAGUCGCAAAUAUAACCCAGGUGUAUAUACGACGCCGUCUACAGCAGCUAAGUCUGAUUCACUUAGACCAGUGACCAGACGCCCAUUGUUUACUACAAAAUUAUUUACUAGGAGACCAUUUGCACCUGCAAGAACUACCAAAAAGGUGGAAGAAGAACAAGAGGAAGAAUAUUCUGAUGAAGAAAUUUUAGAUGAAGAACCAGAAAAUCCAUUUGUUUUUGUUCCACAAGGUCAAUUAUUCACUAGAAAACCAAGUAUUGCUGCAGAAGAUGAAGAAGAAUAUGACACAGAACCAGAAGAAGUAGAUGAUGAAGAGGAAGAAGAACCUGAAGAAGAACCUUCUCAAAAUAAUUUCACACCAGUAACUAGAAAGCCAAUUUUUAAGCCGCGUGUAGUUAAUUCAAAUACAUUUAGGGCUUCUGUAUCCACAACAGAAUUACCAAAACGUCAGUUUGGUGGCAUUCAAAACCGAACUGCGUUAUUUAGCAGAUUCGGAGGAAUCAAACAAUCAAAUGAUACCAAAAAACGUGUGCAAAAUGUACCACUCGGAUAUGUUGCACCGAUUAUUUCUGAUUCUAUAUCAAACACUUCUAAACCUGAAAUUACCACAACAGUAAAAUCAUUGCUCAAAGAUGAAAAUGAACAAAAAAUCACAACUGAAUCUGAUUUCACUACUGGCUCAGACGAUGACGACUAUUUAUCCAUGACUGAAUCGACUAGUUCUACAUCAGAUAUUACAAGUACAUUUGUUGAUCUAACAUCAAUUAAUAACAUAGAUAAUGAAUCUACUACUUCUGAAAUGAAUGUGGAUACUAGCACUGAUGAAUACUUAGAAAAUACAGAAGGUACAACAAAUAAUCCUAGUAAACAAGAUAGUACAAUAAAUGAUGAAACAGAAACUGAGACCCAGACAGAGAAUAUCAAAACCGAAACAACAACAGAAUCUUUACUAGAAACUACAACAGAUGAACCUCAAGUUUUACCGGUUGUAAAAACUCAAUUCAACAAGUUAUUUUCAGUUAGUAGAGUGGUAGAAGUUUCAUCAAAACUGGAUAAACAUCGACUGAAUAAAAAUAAUGAAACAACUCUUAUCGAAGAGGGCAAAAUUAUGAUAGAAAAGAAACCAAUGGUCGAUAAAAUUGGUGAAGUUAGUAGGUUUAGUCUCAUUAAAAUUGUUGAGGACGAAAUACCACUUUAUUUAACGAAACUUGGUCAUGUUUAUCCAGUAGAAAAUCCUCCUGAUAAUUUAAUUCGUAUCGAUGAAGCUAGAAAUGCCAGAGCAUUACGUAAUUUUGCUGAUGCUCCACGUGAAAAUUUGGUUGCUUCAGAGAGUAUAAAUGAAGCUUAUCGUCAUGUAAAGAAUUCUAAUCAAGACCCGAAAAUCGUUAAUAAGAGCCAAGUAGAACAUGUUUUAAAUGAUGAUUUUCUUAGUUACAUAAAUGAUGAGAAAAAAGUGGAAAAACCAACAGAAGCACCUUUAAGUGCAACUGACUCAUCCUAUAAGCCAGAAUGGCAAUUUGUACCUGCUGCUUAUGAAAAAGAACAGAAAAAUAAAGAUCAAUCUGGAAAAGAUUUUGAAAUAAUUACUCCACGCAGCUUGCGAACAGAUCCAUCAACUUUAUCGCUGGAAGCGCUCUUUAAGACAGAAAAUCCCAUUAUGGCGAGAAAAGUGAGUGGAAAUCAAGAAAAUCAGCCAUUUGUAGUGUACUCAGCGUCAGUACCCACACAAAAUGAAGAAGCAAAUAUUGUAAAACUAGAAGUCAUAAAACCAGAAACCGGACGUAGCAUCAUCACAUUUGCUAAAGGUCAGGAGUUCCAAGGAUCUGUGGAAGAUAAGGUUACUGUCAAAUAUCCUGUAAGCAUAUCGGUAAUUCCUUUAUCUUCACCAUUACCAACGAUGCCAAUCACUACAACUACAUCUACCACAGCACCGACCACAGAAAUCAUACAAACUAGUCCAAUAAUAGAAUUACUAACGACACAACCAACCAUGAUAACUACAGAAGCUUCAACAACCACAGAUGUUCCAUCAACUACAGAAACUGUUACCGAAGAGGUAACGACUCUGAAAGCAUCACCGCUUGACGCAAAGAAGUUGAAGUUUCCAUUCCCAAGAAGGCCAAUAAUCAAAUCUAACUUUACUCGACCAGUGCCACGACCAGCGAAGAAAAUUAACGCAACGGUUAUUAAUAAUUUAAAUCAAAAAGUCAACAAAACCACGGGUUUUAGUCCAAGUAAAUCUCGAUUUACUGCAACCAGGUCUCAAAAUGUGCCAAUAGAUACAAGAAAAAAGAAUACCACUAGACUGGUUUCUUUCAAAACGACACCCAAAAUUUUCAGCACUGAAUCUCCAAGAACGACGACAGAGCGAAAAUUAUAUUUCAAACCCAUAAGACCAAGUUUCCGUCCCGCUUUUGUACCCAGAAGAACUACCGCAGCACCACCAACUACCUUGGACACUUAAGAACAAUAUCCAAAAAAGGGUGUUCAGCAACCCAGAUUUCUGGCCAUAAAUAAAUAAAUCAUACUCUAAUUGACUGAUUAUAAAGUUUAAAUUAAAAUAUUUAUAUUUCCCACUUCCCUGAGUCUGGAUGUCACAUAACAUGAAUUCAGUCGACAUUUAUAAGCUGAAAUUUUCAUUUGUGAUUCUUUGAUUUUUCGUUUUGUUUUUUCCUUUAUUUUAUUAUUUGUGCCUAUCGCAAUUUUUUAGUCAUAUUUUUAGAGAUUCAUAGCUUUAACUAAGGUAUACACUUAGAUUCUACGAAAGUUUUUUUGUACCAAAAAAUGUAUGUUUAUUAUAUAAUGUUAGUUAGUUUUGGUAUAAGAAAGACUUUCAAUUUACAAAUUGUCUUAGGUUAUAGUUAUUUAAACAAAUAUAUUUUUAAUUAUUAUUAAUUGUUACCAAUAUAAAUUGUAAACGCGAGAGUUAGGUACGGGCAUUUUAUAUAUGUGAAUGAAAAAUUGUAUUGUAAUAAUAUCAAGAAGAAAAAGGUUUGUAAUAAAGUAUUAGUAAGUACAUUUAUUAUAUUUUUCUUUUCGAACUUUUAUUUACAUCGAUAGACUUAUAUGCUAGCUGCUUAAAGUGAUAUUUAUAGUAAGAAUCACCCUCAAAUAUUUAAGAUACAUUUUAUGUAAAUUCAACAAAAUAACUUUCCGUUUUAGUUUAUGAAUAUGAUUCAAGCCGUUGAUGUUACAUCCAUUGACGCACUGCCACCGCAUAAAAUUAUGAAACAAAAAAUGACCAUUAUGCUUUCGACAAAGGUAUAAUCACUUUCGAUUUAUAAUUACUUAGUGAAAUCUUG